UUUCUUCCUUAUCCUUAACAAAAACACUGACAAAGCUGAGACCUUUCGAAAAAUGAUGAUACGAUUAUCAUCCGGAAUCGCAGCUAAUCCUCGUUUUCAACUCAACCCCUUCUUCAAUCCCCAGAAACCCACUUCUCUCCACGCCCAAAUCGUACCACUGAGGAAGAAGAACUUCUCCAAACUCCGCGACGGCGACGCUUUCGACGCUGCAGCUUACGAGUCCGAGCGUCUGAGCCUCGACGCGGCUGCGAUGGAAACCAUGGCCGAGACGGCGAGGAAGGAGAUCGAAUCUGAUCAAGAGAGCGACCCGAAAGCGUGGAAAUGGAUAAUCCGAAAGAAGAUGUGGGAUCUGAUGGAAGCUCGGAACUACGCUAUGAGCCCUAGACCCGUUCAUCAUCGCAUCCCUAACUUCGUCGGCGCUCCGGCUGCCGCCGCGAAAUUAGCUGAGCUUGAAGCCUUUCGUAUGGCUAAUGUCGUGAAGGUUAAUCCUGAUUCGCCGCAGAAGCAAAUCAGGUUUCUUACACUCUCUGGUGAGAAGAAGCUGUUGACUCCUCAACCUAGGCUAAGAACAGGGUUCUUCUCUGUACUAGAAUCUGAUUUUCUGAAGCCUGAGACGAUCAGAGAAGCUUGCACCUCUGUAGGAGUAGCAAAGUAUGGAAGAGCGAUUGGUCUCGAUGAGAAAAUCAAAGUGGAUCUCAUUGUCAUCGGCUCUGUUGCUGUUAACCCUCAAACCGGUGCUCGGUUAGGGAAGGGAGAGGGUUUUGCGGAACUUGAAUAUGGAAUGUUGCGUUACAUGGGAGCUAUUGAUGAUUCCACACCCGUUGUUACAACCAUACAUGACUGUCAGCUCGUGGACGAUAUACCCCUAGAGAAACUGGCGAUUCACGACGUUCCUGUGGAUAUCAUAUGCACUCCUACUCGAGUCAUUUUCACAAAUACUCCUAUACCAAAACCACAAGGAAUCUAUUGGGACAAACUGUCGCCGGAGAAGCUGCAACAGAUUAGGAUACUGAGAGAGCUAAAGAGGCGGUUGGAAAAGGAGACUGGCCGUAAACUUCCGACCGGACCAUCUGAGAAGUUACCUCCCACGGCUGACCGCAAACGCCGAUAACUAACGUCUGGUUUCUACUGGUUGCUUUUGGUAGCUGUUGUAUACUUUAUCCAGUGAUUUGAGUAGUGAACUGUAAUAUAAACUACAAGGAAUAUAGCAUAUUGACUUGAAAGACGUUGAGCUCGGUGAGACUAAAGUAUAAAUUGUGUGUGCUUUAUCAA